AUCAGCAAAGAUAGGGUUAAUCGAAGAACCUCACCGUAAGUCCACUGAGGAUUCAGUUUCUUGCUUUGGUUUAAGGAAGAAGAGCAGCAAAAACCUCAAGGAGAAGAAGUCAAAGAUGACUCAGAGUCAAACCAACGACGGAGCUGGAGCUGGAGCUGUUACGACCGUAGAAGCUGUUCCUCCUCAGCCGCAGCCGCAGCCGCAGUCGCAGCAGCAGAGCAACGAGAUGGUGUUGCAUACGGGAAGCUUAAGUUUUAGUAGCCAUAUGUCGAGGGAAGACGAAGAGAUGACUCGUUCUGCUCUUUCGGCGUUUAGAGCUAAAGAAGAUGAGAUUGAGAAGAGGAGGAUGGAAGUUCGUGAACGGAUCCAAGCUCAAUUGGGUCGGGUCGAGCAAGAAACCAAACGUCUCUCCACUAUUCGUGAGGAGCUUGAGUCUAUGGCAGAUCCUAUGAGGAAGGAAGUUUCUGUGGUUCGUAAGAAGAUUGAUAGUGUUAACAAAGAACUCAAACCUUUAGGUUCCACUGUUCAAAAGAAGGAAAGGGAAUACAAAGAAGCACUUGAUUCGUUCAAUGAGAAGAACCGAGAGAAAGUACAGCUGAUCACAAAACUCAUGGAGAUGGAACAGUUGGUUGGAGAAAGCGAGAAGUUGAGGAUGAUUAAGCUGGAGGAGCUGAGCAAGAGCAUAGAAACCGUGUGAAAAGGUGUUCAAGAACUAAUUGGGUUCUUUGUGUGAUGUACCUACCUAGUUUAAUUU